GCGAAGCGAACUAAGAAGGUUGGGAUCGUGGGAAAGUACGGAGUACGGUAUGGUGCUUCGCUAAGAAAGACCAUAAAGAAGCUGGAGGUUAGCCAGCAUGCCAAAUACAACUGCAAUUUUUGUGGGAAGGACUCACUUAAACGAAAAGCAGUUGGUAUAUGGGAGUGCAAAGCAUGCAAGAAGGUCCUUGCCGGUGGUGCCUACGUUUGCAGUACGACGGCCGCGGCCACCACCCGCGCUGCAAUCAGGCGAUUGAGGGACGCCCACGAGGUCUAA